AUGCAUUCUCCCCCACGCGAGGUCGACGUCCAGGAGGGCUCCUCCACGUCGCCCGCGACAAACGCCACCGCGAAGCCGGGCGCCUCCGCGCCAGUGACUCUGACAAAGAGCGGGAAUGUCUCCAAAAUGCGAGCGCAUCGCGGGAACGUCCCGACGCUGCCGCAGACGAAGUUCUGCCACCUGUGUCCGGCGAAAUUCACGCGGACGACCCACCUGAACCGCCACCUGAAAACCCAUUCCAACGAACGGCUGCACGAGUGCGACCGUUGUAAUGCUCAGUUCACUCGGAGUGAUCUGCUGAGUCGACAUAAGCGUACCUGUUGUGACUCGGCUAUCGCGAACCGGUCGCGGCGAAAAUCAUGCCAGAGCUGCGCCGACUCUAAGGUCAAAUGCGACCUGCAGCGGCCAUGUUCUCGAUGUCAGGCCAAGAACCGCGACUGCGUCUACGUGAACACCUCUGGCACGGUCCCCGAAGAGGAGCAAGCGCCAACUAGCAACCCCUCUCCAGACGCCCACCACGCAGAUUCCUCCGCAGCUUCGUCGCCGCGAACGCAGAGCGAGGCCCUCGCCGAGACCCAUCCACAUCCGCGUCUUCCGCCAUCACGAUCUGGCUCAUCGUCGUCGCUAUCAUCUUCCCAUGCAUCCACGAGCUAUUCCACGCCUGCUUCCAGCAGGGUGGUCAGCUACACCGCAUCUAGUUCCUCGAAGGCUUAUCUCAGCGAGCUCGUCUCCAGCCAGAUGUACGACGGCCUCUUCGCCGACCUUUUCACCUCCAGCUUCGAGAAGAAUCCUGUGGUUCCCGGGCAAUACUUCCACUCGGACCCGACCGCUAUGCUGAGCGACCGUAUCGACUCGGCGGGGAUCUCGUCCAAUGGCUACGUCCCGCUGACAGAACAGCUCGCGGCGUACGACAUACCGCAGUUGAAUUUGACACUGCCUGUGUCUCCUGAUGCGCUGCAACCGAACAUUCCUAUGGGCAUCUCCUCAGUACAGCCCACAUUGGCGGAACUGGACGGGUAUAGUAAAUUGUUCCUCUCGAUAUACUUGCAUCACAUGCCGAUUGUCCACGUCCCGACCUUCCUUCAAUCGCCCAGCCUCCCGAUCCUCGUUACCGCCAUGCGCGCGAGCGGCGCCAUGUACGACACUACACCGACCGCUGCGAAGUAUGUCGAGGAUGUGCUAGCUACCACGCGCGACUCGAUAAUCGCGGAGCUGUCGUCGUCAAAUAGCAAGAGCUACAACGAGAUCUCACAGCUCACAACCGCAUCGGCGCUGAUACAGACCAUCGGGCUCUUCCACCGCGAUACAGAGCAGCGCGCGAGAUCCAACGUCUACCACGGUAUGAUCGUAAUGAUGCUACGCAUGAACGGGUUCGCGGACCUAGCGCGCGAUUGGAAGCUCGAGCAGCCUUUAGACUUUUCAGAUGCUGCCGCUAUGGAGCGAGCAUGGAGAGCAUGGGUUGCGCACGAGUCCGCAAAGAGGGCGAUAUGGAUAUGCUAUCUGCACGACUGCUGCCACCCAAUAUUCUUCAACCUCUUGCCCACGUUCCGGUCCGAGCAGUUCACACUGGGGCUGCCCUGCGAAGACGCGCUCUGGACGGCGAAGAAUGCGACGGAGUGGGCGAUGCACCUGCAGACGCCCUCGCCGUAUGGCUCGAUCGAGGUCCGUCUGUGCGGCACCUACCUCAAGGCGCUCUACUACUACCUCACGCAAAACAACCCGGACAACGCGCCACGCCCGUUCAACAUCCCGCCGUUCGCGCACUUCCUCAUGAUCUACGCGAUCAUGCGCCAGCUCUUCGAGCUCUACCUGCGCGACCGACUCCCGUUCCUCCAACCAGACGGCACGCGGUGUAGCAGCGGCAGUGGCGCGGAGGUGCAGCCCGGGCCGCACUUCGUCGACCGCGCGCGCGCGUUCCACGUGCAGAUCCUGCUGCACCACUGGCUGCAGAGCUGGCUCACGUCCCCAGAGACGCCGCGCGGGCUGCCGGAGAGCCAGCAGCGGUUCCUGUUCAACGCGCUGCCGUUCUACUGGGUCGCGCAGGUCGCGCUCGUUGCGUACCAGGAGGGGCUGCCGCCGUUCGACGCGCAGGGCGCGUACAUCCGCUCGCACGACGCGAAGUUCUACCUGAUGAAGAAGUGGGAGCGGCACGUGCGCAAGUUCCUCGCGGGCGGGGAGCAGACGGCGACGCGCUUCUGGGACGAGGUGAUGAAGAUCCGGAUCGAGACGUGGCAGGCGGAGACGGGGUUCGAGUACGAGCAUCUGCUCGGGUUCUUCCAGCGGGAUCAUGGAGCGAGCUAA